AUGGCAUCUAAUACUUUGACGAAAGGAGCAAUUGCUCUUUACCAAAAUGGUAAUACACAACAAUCAGCAAUUGUCAAAGUCCUCGAUAUUCGACUGUGUGAUGCAUCCACAACAACAGCAACAAAUGUGGAACGCUAUCGACUAUCGAUAACCGAUGGUCAAGAUACAUUUAAUGCUUGUCUGUUAAAACCCGACCUAAACAAGUUAAUUAAGGAAAGCCGGUUGCGCGCUAAUUCAAUCGUCAAACUAGAGAACGUUGCUCAUGAUUUAACAAGUACUGGAAAAUCAUUUUUAGUAAUACUUGAUUUAACUAUAUUAGAACAAGCAUCGAUGCCUACCAUAAAUAAUACUGCAUCUAAUAGCAAUAUAAUUCCCAUUGAAAUGAUAACACCAUAUUUAAAUGGAACAUGGAAAGUUCGUGCACGAUGCUUCACUAAAAGUGCUAUACGACCACAUCCUGUAUGUGAUUUUGAUUUUGUUGAUGCCAGUGGUGAAAUUCGUAUGGUUGCUUUUCGUGAUGAGUGUGGUCGAUUUCAUCCGAUUAUUGAAGUUGAUAAAAUUUAUGAAAUCUCGGGCGUCCGAGUGAAAGCAGUCGAUAAACGAUGGAAUAAUCUUCGUCAUAAUUAUGAAUUAAUAUUAUCACCCAUUUCUGUUGUUCGAUUAAUUAAUGAUGAAGCAACCAACGGCAGUAUUCCGGAUAUUCACUAUGACAUUGUUCCACUUCGAGAUAUUUCCAAACAUUCUAAUGAAUCAUUCAUUGAUGUGAUUGGUAUUGUUGAUACCUGCUCCGGCAUAAUUCCAUUUAUUAAUCGAACAUCAAAUAAAGAUUCAGUUCGUCGAGAAGUAACUCUCAUGGAUGAAGAUACGAGUAUUUCAAUAACUUUAUGGGACGAACAAGCAAAAGAUUUCAGUGAAGAGUUGGCAGAAAAUAAAACUGUCGUUGCAUUUCAUCGUAUUCGAGUAGCCAUUUUUAAUAAUAAAUAUAGCUUAUCUGGUCAUAAGAAUAUGAUAAUGAAAAUUAAUCCUAAUAUCCGACAAGCAAAACAUCUUCGUAUAUGGUACGAGGCUGGUGGUAAUACAAUCAAUAGCCAAGCAACAAAUAAUUUUGUAACAAAAGAAGAUUCAUGGAAAACAGUUCAACAAAUUGAAAAGGAACAACUUGGCCGACAAGGCCGUUCUGAUUAUGUGAUGGUAAAAGCGACAUGCAUGCAUAUAGCUGAUGAUCGAGUUGUUUAUACGAGUUGUCCCAAAAUUGAUUGUUUUCGAAAAGUAAAUAAAUUAUCAUCAGGUCUUUAUCAUUGUGAUAAAUGUCGAGAAGAUUUUAAUGAAUGUAAUUGGAGUUACAUGCUUCGUGCUGAACUUGUUGAUUCAACUGGCACAAUAUGGGUGUCAUUCUUUCGACAACAAGCAGAAGAACUGAUGGGAAAUAUACCAGCUAAACAAUUUGCUCAAGCAAAAGAAAAGGGUGAUGAAGUUCUUAUGCAAUCGUAUUUAAAUAAAAAUGCAUUUCGCGAAAAAAAUUUUCGUUUACGAAUCAAUGAAGAAACAUUUAAUGAUGUAACAUUGAUUAAAAUUUCGUGUGUAUCAAUGAGUGAUGUUGAUUUUAGUGAAUAUGGUCAUCGCUUAAUUCAUAAUCUUCGAAAGGAAUUUUAG